UUUUCUCGAAACGAUAUCUUGCUGAGGCACAGAAGAAUUCACAGAUAUGAGCGGCCUUUUUCUUGUGGGACUUGUGGAAAGAGUUACAGUAACAGAGGGACUUUAACUCAUCACAUGAGAAUUCACACAGGUGAGAAGCCUUUCUCAUGUGGAUCCUGUGGAAAGAGUUUCUCUCGAAAGGACGCUCUAAAUGUCCACAUGAUAACUCACACAGAUGAGAAGCCUUUCUCUUGUGGGACUUGUGGAAGAAGUUUCUCUCAAAAAACUUAUUUAAAUGUUCACAUGAGAAUUCACACAGGUGAGAAGCCUUUCUUCUGUGGAUCCUGUGGAAAGAGUUUCUCUCGAAAGGACUUUCUAAAUGUCCACAUGAGAAUUCACACAGAUGAGAAGCCUUUCUCUUGUGGGACUUGUGGAAGAAGUUUCUCUCAAAAUACUAAUUUAAAUGUUCACAUGAGAAUUCACACAGGUGGGAAGCCUUUCUCUUGUGGGUCUUGUGGAAGAAGUUUCUCUCAAAAAGGUUCUUUAAAUGUUCACAUGAGAAUUCACACGGGUGAGAGGCCUUUCUCAUGUGGGACUUGUGGAAAACGUUUCUCUCAAAAAGGUGAUUUAAAUGUUCACAUGAGAAUUCACACGGGUGAGAAGCCUUUCUCAUGUGGGAGCUGUGGAAAAAGUUACAGUAACAGAAGUAAUUUAUCUCGUCACAUGAAGACUCACUCUGAUGAGAAUCCAUAGGUCCAAAACAGAUCCGAUCCAAUUUGGCAUCUAAUCCUAUGGAAAAUCUGGUCAGAUGAUGUAAACAGCAAGUUGAACAUAUUAAAGUCAACAGAUUCUUGCAGGCUGCUAGUGAUUCACUGUGAUUGUGUCUUUCACUGUCUGACCAAAAUAAACCUGAGGUCUACUUUUGCCUAUCAGCUUGUUUUCCUUAAUCCAGUUUUUUGUUUUAAUUCUCAGUCGUAUUUGUACUUAAGAUCCCCAUCAGUAUCCCAUUAGAUACUGAAGUUAAAGAGGGGAACACAUUCAGACAGGAUUAAUUUCUGUGCAUUUCAGUUUUCAUGGAGUUCUGUACCAUGUAGAAUAGUUGAGUUUAGCUUUUAUUUGAAGUUUCUGUGUAUGACUGGAUGUAAAAUACUUUAGA